AUGUUAUGGCAAGACAAUAUAUUGGCUCUGUCAUUUGUACGCGAACUUCGUAAUAUAACUGUGAUCUAUAAACCAAAUUCCUAUAUCUAUCUGUUAUGUGAAGUUGAUAAUAAUCGUCUAUUGAAUCGUAUACGUUGGCAUUAUGAAUUUGAUAAUAAUGAUUUGAAUGAAAAUAAGAAUGAAAAUGAUGAAUUUUAUUCAACGACAGGUUAUUUAAAUUGUAAACGUAUGCUGAAUAAUUCUGAAUGUUUCGAAUUUUAUUAUGGGAAAACAGAGAAUAUGAGUGUACUAGUUGUUAAAGAGCCUGAUAUUUAUAAAGGAACAUAUUCUUGUCGAAUUAAUGUGAAUUCAACAUUCGAAUUAAAAUCACACGGUAUGAUUGAUGUUAAACAACCACUGAAUGAUAUCAAUGAUAUUUACGAUACUACAACGAUGUUGAACGAAAAUGAAUUAUCGAAACUUGCUAUGCGUUAUCAAGUACCAUUUAUAUUAGACGAAAGCGAUGCAGCAUCAUUUGGUAAACGAGUACAAAUAGGUACGUGUUCAUUAGAAAAGGUGAAAAUAAAAUUUGUUAAAGUGCUACUGAUUUUGUUGACAGAUGGUACAUUUCAUACAAAAUGUGAAUCGAUCAAUAGUAAACAUGUAACUGAAUUCUUAUGGAUACAUUUGAAAAACAGAACGAUAUCAAAAGAGAAUCGAUUGAUGAUCCAACAAGAUAAAACAAAAAUUAUUCGAAUUGUACAAACGGAUAGACGAGUACAAAUACAAAAUAGUGGCAACACAAGUAUGUUUUUGUAA